UAGUACUACAUUUGGAAGAUGCGACUUCAAGUCGUAGUCGCAGACUCCAGUCCUUCGUGCCACUUCGGUGUUGCAAUUUUCGCUCGAGCUCUUGAGGAAGCAUGAAGAAAGGACUUGAUUGAAGGCAGAGCCGAGUGGUGGUUGUCUGCAUGCAUGAUGAAAGCCUCUCGGCUGUCGCAUUUGUCGAUCCCGACUUCACUUCACGCUUCCCCCUCCCUCCUCUUAACCACGCCAGCACAAGAAGUGGUUUGUAAAGCUUUUGCGCGUGAGCAGCACACUCUCUGUAAUUCACGAGCAUCCAUCUCGGUCUGCCCAUCACAGCCGUCUGUCUCCUUACCCUAAGUCUUUCUUCGUGACCUUCGCCUGCUCAUGUGAUCACGUGUACUUCUCUUGCCACAAGGCAGACAUUCCACUCACCUCAGCAGCGUUCUAUUCUGGUAGCCUCUCACUAUACCGAGCUAUCACGAUGUCGUUCAGCGCAACCGGCGUACCGAAGCCACUUCAAUCGCGUCCCAAGAAGUCGCCCAUUCAAUUACUCCGCUCGGCCUCUUCACCUUUCGGCAACCAUCCCCGUCGCAAAGCCGCAACUACACCACAAGCUGGACUAAAGAGAACCCAAUCCGAAAUCAGCACCAGUGCCGAACAGCCUCUAGACGAUACAGGAAUCGUCACGACACUACCACCACCAAAAGUACCACAAGAUGUUGUCAGCCUCAUACGAUACAUACAAGGGCAUACAUGGACAGAAAUACCAGAUCGAGCUGCAGGCAUGCACAGCACACGAAUAGCCGAAGUCCUGAACUUUCGAAAGAACAUGCCACCAAUCGUCUCAAUAGCACACCUACAUGCAGUGUCCUCCUCGACCACAGCGACCGAACGCGAACUUGCAAAACUAGUCCACUCUGGCAUUGCCAAGAAAUUGAAUAUACCAGGAAGAGGAAAAGGUGGAUUUGCAAUAGGCGAAGGUGUAGUAUUGGUCGAAGACUGGAUAAACACAAUACAAGACCACCCAGCACUAUCCCAGAAACUAAAAGAGAAAUACGCAAAAGUGCUGGAAGAAAAUACAUCCUCUUAUACAGUGCCGGCCAGCCUGUUCUUACCAGAAGAGGUGUCAGAACUCAUAGCAGCAGGUUUCAUGACCUCCACAAGCGUACUGAGCGAUCACCUCUACUCCCUCCCCGGCACACCCUCCGCCCCAGGCUCCUCCUCCCUCGCAAACUCCUGGUCCACAGCAGCAACAGGCACUCUAGCAGCAACAGGCGGCUCCUCAGCCGUGCAUCUAAACGGCGGAGGCGGCCGCGGUCUCCCCCUCCCCUCCACCCCCUCCUCCAGAACUUCACAAUCACAAACCCUCACCUUUUCCCUCCCAUACACUGGAGCAUACCUCCGCCUCCUCACAGAAGCACGCACACAUUUCCUCUCCUUACUCGUCAAAUCAAGUCCAAAGUACAAGCAAAGCACAAGAGAAAUGUUGAGGGAGAGAUGGAAUGGAGGUAUCCCAUUAGAGGAUGUGCAGAGUAAAGCCAAAAGGGCUAGAGCAGAGUGGAGUGGUGUGUUGCCGGGUAAAACGAAAAAGUGGAAACAAUUCUUCGGUGUCGAGUUUGAGUGGAUGUUGGAGGAGUGUUUGGGGAGUGGAGGGGUUGAAUGCUUCAAGACUGGGAGUGUGGGUUUGGGGAUUAGAGUUACUUGACUUUGUACAAGUUCAUCUAC